AUGAUCUCUGCUUUGGAUAAAAUAAUUCUGAUACUGGCAGUUGGAGAAUUCAUAACUGGAAUGUUGGAGAAUGGAUUCAUUGGACUGGUAAACUGUUCUGAAUGGGUCAAGAACCAGAAGAUCUCCUCAGCUGACUUUAUCCUCACCUGCCUGGCUAUCUCCAGAAUUAUUCAGCAGUGGGUAUUACUGUGCGAAACAUUAAUAAUGGGGAUAUGUCACCGCAUGCUUACUACUAAUGGACUUGGAAAAUUUUUUAGCUCACUUUGGAGAAUGAUGAAUCACUUAACCAUCUGGCUUUCCACAUGCCUAAGCAUUUUAUACUUCCUUAAGAUAGCCCACUUCUCCCACUCUCUUUUCCUCUGGCUCAAGUGGAGAAUGAACAAAAUUAUUCUUGUUCUUUUUAUAUGUUCUUUGUCACUACUGACUUUUGAUUUUCUGGUGCAAGAACCAUUGGAUGAUUUCUGGCUGAAUGUCUAUGUGGUAGACAGAAGUAAUUUUACUUUCUAUUCAGGUUUCUAUGUUAAACACCUUAUGCUUCUUAGCUUGACCUAUUUCAUCCCCACUGUUCUGUCUUUGAUCUCAUUGUUCCUUUUAUUUCUAUCUUUGAUGAGGCAUGCCAGGAAUCUGGAACUCAGUGCUAUGGGCUCUAGGGAUUUCUGCGCAGAGGCCCAUAAAAGAGCCAUGAAAAUGGUGCUUUCUUUCCUCCUCUUCAUCAUAAUUCAAUAUUUUUCCACACAAGUAAUUAAUUGGAUGUUUUUUAAGCUCCAGGACCUCACAUUCACGAAAUUUACUAUGUUAACAUUAUCCUUCUUUCCCACAGGCCACUCAUUUAUUCUGAUUCUAGGAAACUGCAAACUGAGACAAACAGCCUUGAGGGUACUGUGCAUCUUAAAACCACUGAAAAGAGUUUGUAUAUUAACUACAUAG